UGAUGGCGUUUUGAUCGAAGAUGUAAAGAAACGUUAAGCUCGGAAUUUACAAGACUAAUUUUAUUGCGUAGUAAGUUAUGUUAAAUAAUUUAAACCGAUAUUUCAUUUAUACAUUAAACUAUACAUUUUUAAAUAAUUUGAAGUUUCGAAAUAUGGAAGAAGUUUCACCAGUUCCAAUGAAAGAUGAACAAGAAUUUGGUCAAGUUGGUGUAAAUUUAGGCUUAAGAAGUUCACCUUUGGCAGAAAAUCGAAGCUUGUCGAGUGAAGAUGCACAGAAUGAUGAACAACCGUCUCUAUUAGGAGUAGAACAACCUCAUGUUCUUUGUGAAAACCUUGAAGACAGUAUAACCGCUGAAGUUAGUUUGUCACUUGCACAAAACAUUAAACCUUCAUCGCUGGAAGGAAGAUUGUGUGAUAUCCUUAAAAAUAUUGAAAGUCAAGAACUAGUGCCGUCGUUGAACUUGAAGAAUAAGAAUCCAAAAUAUUUGAAUUUAAUAAAUAAUAACACUGUAAAGAAUAUACUUCAUGAAGAUAAGUACACUGAGGAACUUGAGAAAAUAAUUCAGCGAGAUUUUUUUCCUGACCUUGAUAAGUUAAAAGCUCAAAAUGAAUACUUGGAAGCAUUAGAAAAAAAUGAUAUUGUGAAGCUACGAGAACUGGUGGCAAAAUAUUGUCCUCGCACUGGAGGUAGUAGACCUGGAACUGCAUUAAGUGCUGGUUUUAACUCUCCAAAUACAUUUGAGACUCCUCGAGAAACUCCAUCAAAGGAAGGCCAGAAAUCUUCCAGUGAACAGACUGACCACAUAGACACAGAACUAGUUAAUAAACCAGUGAAGUCUAAAAAAGAGAAACAUCAGUCACUUGAUCAGUUCCUCUCCAAGUACACAAGUGAAGAUAAUGCUUCCUUUGAGGUGAUCAUGGAAGAAGCUUCAAGACGACAUCAACAGAGGUAUCCUUGGCUUUACCAAGAUGAAACACAAGAAAACCACAAGAUGGAAUCUGCUCUUGCUCUUCCUUCAGUUCAGCAACAAGCCAUAGACAAUGGUCGACCAUCUGCAGUGACUACGUGGGAAUAUAAGAACAGAAACUCUCUGAUGUAUAUUCCUGAUGGAGCUGAUCUAACUGCAGAAGAGAGGCUACAGCAAGAGAAACAGCAGGAAGUUGUCUAUACAAACACUCAUUUUAAACAAGCUCCCUUCAAUGAAAGAACCAACCAAGCAGCAAUAGCUGAAGCAGCUUCACUUCAAGCCAAGACAAAAGAAGGAAAAGUUGGAAUUGAUGGAAAAGAACUCCAACCUUUGGAUUCUCCUAAGGUGAAUGGCUAUGGUUUUGUGGCAACUCCUUCUCCAGCACCAGGUGUAGCGGAAUCUCCACUAAUGACAUGGGGUGAGAUUGAGGGGACUCCUUUCCGUUUAGAUGGUAGUGACACUCCUUUGCCACAGUCUUCUGGGGGACCCCAGUUCAAAAUACCUGAUUUACCUUCUAGAGAAAAGCUGGCAAUCUCUUUGGCAGAUCAGGCUGCCAAAAAUCAACGAGCAAAAAAAGAGCAAGCCCUAAAAAGGGUCCAGUCAAGCUUAUUACACCCAUCUCGAUGUGGCACUGGCUCACCCAAAACUCCAACAGACAGACUAAGCUCAAUGUCACCAGCAGCUCAACUUCUUGCCCGUUCAAAGCUUGGAAUUCAUCGAGGUUCAGAUCGUGCUUUGCGAGCUAGUUACACUCCUUCCCCUUCUCACACACCGAGCCGAGACAAAACUCCACUACUGAUCCAGACACCGACAAAAACAACACCAAAGAGGAUAUCAAGGAAACAGAGACCUGACUCCACUCCUUCAUUAACAGAUGAUCUUCUCCAAAUACCAAAAAGACGAAAAAGCAGCAGAUUAUUUCUAGUUACUAGGUUUAUAAAGGUGUAAAGGACCUUUUUGUUGAUCAUAAUUUUACAAAUGGUGAACAUUUAAAUGAAAGAUACAUUUAAAAGACUUGAUGUAAUUUUUGCUUUAUCAUGUGCAUUUUGUUUAAAUAUGGGGGUAUUGUACAUGUUUAAAAAUAAAUGAAAGAUUGAGAAAAAAUUUUCCAAGCAGACUUUUAGUAUUACGAAUGGAAUGAAAACAUGGUGUGUAAUCUUGCAGUGACUUGUUUAUUGUGUAAAUAGAUUAAUAAAAUGCAUUAAUUGUCUGCUGAAAUGGACAACCUGUCUGAAUGGUGAGUCAACAGUGUAUCAAUCCACAUGCAUCUAAUCAGUAGUUCACAUUGCAGGUUGUUUAUUUCAAUAACCAAUUAUUACCUGUUUGCUACCUGUUACUAUUUUAAAUAAUGUUUUAAUUGUGGUUUUUUGUCAUGUUUUUUGUAAAUAACCUUAUGAUAUGUAUAAGAAUUAUUUUCUUACCAAAUAUGUUAUCAUAAAAUUAUUUCAAUGCUAAAACAGAAAACGUAGUUGGAGAAAUGCCAGAGGACUUAUGAAUAAUCCUUACAAGAAUGUUACUAGUAGUGUUUCUUUGCUUAACAUUUUCAUACCUACUUAUCACCAUGGUUAUUUUAUGGCUGAACUGAGUUAGUUGCAUUUAUCAAAUAAUUAUUCUAAAAUGUAUAUAACAUUUCAUUCCUUAUGUUCAGGUACAUGUCAUUUUGGUAUAAAUGAAUUAUACCCUUUUCAAAAUGUUGUUUGUGGGAAAAUAAGUAAAAAAUUUAUUGAAGGAGAAGAAACUAGCCUCAUAUACAUUAUCCACUGAAAGUUGUUUUAAACUGUUCAUUUUUCUUGUGUUUUAGUCCAGGAAGAGUAAUCAUAUCAUUGCAGUAAAUUCUUUCUCUUGUCUAUGGACUAGAGGUUUCAAGAGAGAACAGCAUGUCAGCUAAACCUUUAAAUAGAUUAUUUAUUAAUUACAAAUGUAUGGAUUUAAUGCACUUCAGUAUCAGAAUAAAAUGUAAAAACAGAGAGAAUACCUGUAGAAUUACUAUUUUAAUGAAAUAGUUUUUUGGGUGGGUCAGUAUUUAUUAGACAUCUCCAAUUCAGUAUGUCCAUCUUCUGUUUAAAUGUUUGUGUUUAGAUUGUAUGAUAAGUAAUGGAUGUGUUAAUAGUAUUAUCACGGACAUCACCUGUUAGGUCAUAAAGAUGCUUACUACUCGAUCAGAGGGCACCAAAAACUGAAAUUUUAUAUUUUAAUAUGCCUUGGUUGUUACUACUAUGUCAUUAAAAUAUUCAUAGUUACAGAGAAACAUUGAACAUAUCUGUGUAAAUAAUUGUAUAAGCUUUUAUCUGUGACCACCAGAAGGAAAUAAAGGAAUUAUUACAACCUAAA